AUGGGCACGCCCCAUGAAGCCACCCCUUACGACCACAUUAAAACGACAGUCCUGCAACGGAAUUCUGUGUCUGUGCGCAGGCGUCUCCAGCAGCUUCUCAACGAAGAAGAUCUCGGCGACCAGCGGCCGUCAGAACCGCUAUGUCGCAUGCACCAGCUUCUCACUGACAGUAGGCUGGGUGCAAACAGCCCGCUGCGGCAAGAACUGUUUUUUCAGCGCCUGCCGCAGAAUGUAGUUCUUGCCUUGGCUACUGCACCUGACAACCUGCCCCUCGACAAGCUGGCGGAGCAGGCUGAUCGCGUUGCUGGCUAUGCAGCAGGAGGUACUGUGGCAACGGCAUCUAGCGUUCCGUUGUCGCAACUCGAGAACCGGCCGUUUCGCCUGGAGCAACUGAUCGACACCUUCGCCGAGGCUGUUAAUGCACUUCGGCCACCGUCCCACCCUCGUCGACGAGACCGUGAUUACCGUCCCAGUUUGUCUGCAAAGAUUGUCUCCCAGAUUGUCUCCUGUUCCGGUCUUGGUCGACGCAUCUACUGCUGGUAUCACAGCAAUUUCGGUGCCAGCGCGCGUCCAUGUCGUGUUCCUUGCAGCUGGCAGGGAAACGUACCCCAGAGCCACUGA